AGAAAGUCGAGCUUUUCUGCUCCCUUGCACAUUCAUAGUUCGAAAACAGUCAUGGCUGCCUCAUCGCCCACGAGUCUGGAUGUCCUCGAGCCGGUCCUUGCACGUCCAUCCCUGUCUGAUUCUUCAUCUCCGGUGCAGGUGACCCCUGCCAUCUCUGUCAGCAAUGCCGGACAGCUGGCAAAAGGGAAGCCGGUCUCAAUUUCCAAAAUCAGAGCCGCAGCUGGCGGGCUGCGUUUUCGCGUCAAGAUGAGCAUCAAUGGCUUCGAGAGUACGCGAGCCGUCACGGGGGACUGCACGCGGAUCCGUUUCCAUCUGGUUAACGACUUCACGGAGGAAGACGAAACUGGGAUCGCACCAGAGUUUGUCAUCAUCAUGAAAGAUGAUAAAAAGCCUUGGGACAGUGGUGCAGCAAGCAGCGGUAAUCAGAGUCUUGUCCUGCUUACUAAGGGCUUCCCGGAGGACAGAACAGGACGCAUACUCUAUGGGCAGAAUCCGAUCGACGAAUCACAGCACGACAUGUGCCUCCUUCAUGCAAAAGUCGAUGGACUCAGUGGAAAUGCCCAAGGAGUGUCAGAAAACUUAGGGAGCGGGGUGUCUGCGUUCGUAACAUUUUCGGAUGUCGGAUUUUAUUGGGUAUUUGUUGGGGUUAUGAAGGUUUCCCCUGGAGAAGGCCAUGCUGAUGGUGCGAUUCCUGGUGAACGGGGUAUUGUUGCCCGGUUCCCGAUCCGAGUUUGCAGUGGUGAUGUGGAGACGCACGAUUGGUCAGAUGAAUGUAGCUGGGUGAAUGGGAUCCCAACUGCAGACAAUGAUGUUUUUAUUCCAGAAGGUGUGAAGAUGGUUCUCAACGAAACGGAGAUCCCUCCAUUACGGUCCAUUUUUCUCAGGGGCACUUUGCAAGUCCCAGAUGGUUCAGAUAAUUCUCUUCACUCGCUUGCUGUUGGUAGUCUGGCGGUUCAUCCAAUGGGAGAGCUAUCGAUUGGGAGUGCCGAAAAAACUUUCACCAAGGACCUGUUGAUCAAAUUAACCAGCAAUGAACCAUUUGGCUGUGGCACGGGUACAGAACAAGUAGGCCAUGAGGAGGGGGAACUGAUUCGUCUUGAGCACGGGGUUUUCGCAAUUGCUCUAGGGAGCAGGGUCCGUAUUUACGGCGUUGUCCCGGCGCCGGCGCAUACGAAGCUCGUCCAUAAUGCAAGUGCUGGUGCAAGGGAAAUUGUCGUCAGCGACAAGGCUCUAGAGGGUUGGAGGCCUGGGAGCCAAGCUGCUAUAAUUGACGCCACUAAUGGACUUGCGAAGAAGGGGGGAACUUACGAGAUCGUCGUGCUUGCGUCUGUUUCAACAGGAUCUGCUCUCCCUCUCAGUUCGGCAGAGGGCUCUGUUCUGAGCUUUGAUAACGGGCUUGUUUUCGAUUACAGUCAGGGAGCAGCGGUGGUUAUUCUCAGCCGCAAUGUUGUGAUAUCGGGAAGGGGUGCAGAUGGUCCAGGGUUUCCGGGAAGACUUGUCAUCCGUGCGGCUGUCACUGAUAAGAGAAAUGGCGGAGGAACAAUAUCGGGACCGGUUACUUUGCAGGAGGAAGGGAGGGACAUGCUGGAACGAGAGCUUCCCGGAAACCGAGAUGAACAAGCAUAUAUAGGCCAACACAGAGUAACUGGGGGGCUCUAUGCAAGUGGGGGCGGGUUCCGAGUUGGCGAAAGAGAUGGUCGUGCAGAAUGGAAUGCGGUUUUGUCUUCCAUAGCGCUGGCACUGUCGUCUGAUCUCUCUGUCACGAAAGGGAAGCCAAAUGGCGAGAAGACCUCGGCUCGGGCCAAGGUUGCCUCGAAAGUCCAUGGGGCGGGACCGGAGGGCAAAGCGAGGUGGCUUGGACAGGCAUUUGCUGACACUGAGGACAGAGAGAGGGGAAGAAAGCUUUGGAAGGGACAUGGCGAUGGCGGUUUGGGAUCGGGAAGAUUGUUGCAUGCUGGCGAGAUAAGCGAGUUUGAUGCGAACUGGACCGUGGCAUCGCAUUGGGGUCCAAAAUUGGCUAUUGCAGGGGAUGGACGGAGGGAGUUGUAUCUUGCCCCGAUGUCAAAGCAGGAGCAGGAGAAGAGGGCGAUCUGGAUUCAGGGGGUGGAGUUCCGGGGUCUGCAGGGAAUUGGCGCGGACGAGGAAGGCGAUAAGUUUGCGUUGUACUUGGAGGGAGCAUCUGCGGAUACAGAUAACCUGAGACACGGUGAAGACAACCUUGUCCAUGGUGUUGGUCAUGAAGUGCGGAUCGUGGGUUGCAGUGUGCAUGGUGGCAACUCGCGGUGCCUAGGUAUCGAUGCGGAUGUUGCGGCCGCUACGACAUUCCAUGUGGAGAAUGUGACAUGUUUUGAGCCCAGGGGGCAUGGGUUUGUUGUAAAGCUGCGAGAUGAAAGGGAAGCGGGGAUGCGGGAUGAUGACAUGGGGGGACUGGGUACCAGUGGGGACCAGUUGGGUGGAGAGGGAGCACAAGCAGCAGAGGAAAGCAGCAGAGGAAGGAGCAAUGCCGUGAACAAGCCUGUUGCACUCUUCAGAUGGAAUGCUGCUAUCGGCAUGAAGUCCAUGGGUGCGGAAAUGGCAGGUAACAGUCUGCAGGACUUUGUGCCUGUGGGGUUUUACGCAGUAUGCAUGCGAAAGCAAGACAAUCUCGAUGGAUUUGUUGCAGGCGCUGUGGUUGAGUUUCACAAGAAUUGGGCACUUGGCUCGGAAGGUUAUGGGAUUGUGUGGGAUGAAAGCUGUGGGAACAGGACCAUUCGACGUAACGGUGUUGUUGGCAACCAAGUUGCUGAUAUUUUGAGGAUUCCCUUUUUGCACGAUGCGCAGAGUGGACGGUCUCCUAUUCUACUCGAUCCAGGCCAUGUACUUGACAAUUCAUUGCUGACAAAUACAGAUAUCUUGCCAUCCGUCACCCCCCUCUUUCCUGGGGACUCUACGUUUGUCAGGCAGUCGAUUCCGCCUGGUGAAAUGGGAAUCUCCUACUUCAGCUUCUUUAUUCCGUCCACUGCAAUCGAUACAACCGUCUACUUCAAGUAUGUGGACGGUGUGGGAGACCAUGUGCAGCUGCUGCUGAAUGUGUGGGGUUCUCUACCCUGCAGUCCCGGUCUCUCAUUCUGUAUUGCGAAUCCAGCGAAGAGGGUGAUCCCAAUGGCAGACUUUGUGAAAGAUGUAGAUCUCCUUUCUGUUGACGAGAUAACGGAAUGGCCGCACCCACUCUAUAGCACUGGAAAAUGGGUCCUUGGGAUCAUCGGUGAUGGCGACCUCGUAUUUGAAGUUGGCGUCAACAUCACAGCCGAACUUCGCAAAUGGGAAGAGGAGGAUGCCGCCCGCCGGCAGGCGAUUCAACGCCAGCUGGCAGAGGCCGGGGCAGCGCGUCAGCAGGCCACAGCAGAAGCUGCAGCAGCCGCACGGUUACAGCAACGGCAGACGGAGGCAAGUCAGAAUCAAGUUCGUUACCAAGACACAAUGGAGCCCGCCAACGAAGAAUCUACGUACCGGAGGUUACUUCGACAGCAGCACUUUCAAACAAACGAAGAACAAGAGGAGCCGACCGAGGAAGAGAGAAGCAAGGAGGCCAUAGCCGUACUGAUGGAAAACAUGCUGUACACGUGCAAUUGGCAGCAACGUGAACUGAUGGACAUGCGGCAGAUCUUCAUCCGCUAUGAAGGAACUUUUCGGACGCUGGAUCAGAAGAUUGCUGCCUUGCAGGCCGAGAACAGUACACUGCAGGCCGCCAACAGUCACCAACAGACCAUCAACGAUCAGCUGCAGACCAAGGUCAGCACGGGAUUGGCACGUCUAUCUGCAGUUGAGUUGACGGCCAGUGCAGUUUCAGACUGCAGCCCAGCUUUGGCCGCUCAAGCCAAGCAACUCGAAGAGCGGAUCAACCACGUAGUCGCAUCCCUUGGCGACGUCAGCAAGUUUGUCGGGACGUCUACGGUCAGCAAUCAGCUGCAGACGCUCAGCGACCGUGUUCAACAACGAACGGACGCCGUCGUCAAGGAAUGGAAAAUCCCGAACUUCAAGAUUGAGAAGUUCGAUGACUACCACAAGACCGAUCCGCCGCAAUGGUGGAUGGCAUUCAACGCGGAGGCGGACGGACAUCACGUCCCACCACUACGGUGGCUUGACGCGCUCUACCUCCAGCUCAUCAAAGGGGCACAAGCAUUCAUGACUCACAUGGUCGUCACGUUGGAAUGCACCAUCGCCACCCUCCACACCAAGAUAUCUUGGGAGGACUUUGAGAAGAAGUGGAAGACCCGGUUCAUGGUCAACAACGACAAACGUCAUGCAUUGAACAAGAUCUUCCGCAUGUUUCAAGGCCAGCAACCAUCACGGGAAUGGCUGACAGAGUGGCAAACACUCGUCGCCACCCCGGAGUUGAACCUGCCGUUCGACUCAAUCCCAGCCGAGUUCUUCGCCCGAUCUUGCAACGCCUUGACAGCUGCUCUUGGCAGUGAAUUUCAGUAUGAGACCUUUGAUGAGAUGAUCGCAAAGGCAAGGGAACUCAUACAAGGUAACUGGCGCGCGACCAAUGAGGCCCGCCAACAGCCUGGUUACGUGGAGAAAGGCAAAGUACCACCUCCGUCGACGGACGACAAAGUAGCGGUUGUUGACCUUCGCAGCUACCUCGCGAAGAUCGACUGCGAGCACACAACGCAACGGUACGUUGACAUUGACGCGCCGCUCCUCUACAUCCGCAUUCAGAUCGAAAAGGCAACCUGCAGUGCCUUGAUCAAUUGUAGAGCGACUCGCAACUAUAUCAGCCAAGGCUUUAUGGCACGCAUCGGGCUUGCCCCGCGCGUUCGAAGGAAAAGUCAGCCUAUGCACGUCAUGUUGGUCGAUGGUCACACACAAAAGUCAAUUGACCGCUGCGUUGACUCUGUGCCCGUGUACUUUGCCCCGCUACCAUGCGAGGCCAUGUCAUUUGACAUCUUGGACACUAAGUCUGAUAUGAUCUUAGGCAUCUCGUGGCUGCAAAGUGAAGACCAUCCGGUAAACUUCUUCCGACGCACCGUUCACGUUCGUGAUCGGUGUGGCGAACUAGUCCCGUGCACGGUGUCGGUUCCUCGUCCUUCGAUUGGUUGUCACGUGGUCUCCGCUGCGAGCAUUCGCCAAUCCAUCAGCCGACACGACAUCGAGGAGAUCGGCAUGUGUUUUCUUCAUGCCCUCCAACCUGGUGAUCAGCCCAAGAUGGACACAUCGGACCCACACAUCAUUGAGCUUUUGGACAACUAUGAGGAUGUCUUCCAAGCUCCCGCCAGAGUAGUACCGGAUUGGACCAUACGCCACGGGAUCACUCUCAAGGACGGCGCCGUACCUCCGCGUGGAUGCAUUUACCGAAUGAGCGAAGAGGAGCUUCAAGUGUUUCGGGCGCAACUAGACGACCUCUUGGCCAAGGGCUGGAUUCGCCCUAGCUGUUCGCCAUACGGUGCUCCCGUUCUCUUCGUCCAGAAGAAGAACAAGGACCUUCGUUUGUGUAUCGACUAUCCGAAACUUCAGCGGCAAACGAUCAAGAACAUCAGCCCUCUCCCGCGGAUCGAUGAUCUCCUCGAGCGACUAGGCGGCGCCAAGUACUUCUCGAAGUUGGACCUCAAAUCAGGCUAUACCCAGAUCGAGAUCCAGCCAAGAGAUCAGUACAAGACCGUGUUCAAGACACGGUAUGGGCACUUUGAGUGGACCGUCAUGCCAUUCGGCCUCACCAAUGCCCCGACUACUUUCCAAGCGGCUAUGACGACGGAAUUCCGCGACCUGCUCAACCGCACCAUACUCAUUUACCUUGAUGACAUCUUGGUUUAUAGUUGGUCAUGGGACAAGCACCUUCGCGCCGUUUUGGAGCGGCUCCGUAUCGCCAAGUACAAGGCAAACUGCGACAAGUGCGAGUUUGCCCAACAAGAGUUGGAGUACUUGGGCCAUUACGUUACGCCGCAAGGCAUUCGUCCGCUCGCGGACAAAGUACAAGUCAUUCAAGAUUGGUCGGACCUCGCGUGUACUACUGACAUCCGCUCCUUUCUUGGCUUAGCAUCAUACUAGAUGCGCUUCGUCAAGAGCUUCCAACGGAUCGCUGCACCAUUGAC